CACUGGGUCAGUAUUAUACUUGUGUCUUCUGCGCGAACAUCGGCCAGUGAACGAUCAAACACACAAACGCGAACAUUUUAACGUUUUUUUUUUUUAACGUUCGCGGUGCUUAUAGUGUCGUAAUUUUUUCUAAACUAGUGUCGUACAAGGAUUUUACAUGAUCGUCAAUUUGGAUCACUCAGUAGGUACGAUGAAGAGAUAUCUAAGGCAUCAAGUAUACAUUGUGUUCUACGGAGCUUUGUUGUUUUUGCAUAGUACAACUGGUGAAGGUUCUAUUGGAUCUGAAAACAAUAAUGCUGCCGCUUUGCCUCUUGAGCAUAGAUCCGGCGGUGGUUACGACGUAGGUUUACCUUUACCUUCUGGUCCACACGAUGAAGCAUGGCCAUUGCAAGCCACGCCAGAUACCGCAAAAAUCAAGCAUCUCCAAGUUCAAUGCGAAAAGACUCACAUGAGAGUUCACAUCGAAUUUGAUAGACCAUUCUAUGGCGUUAUUUUCUCUAAAGGUUUCUACAGUGAUCCUCAUUGUGUUCAUGUAAAACCUGGAACCGGACACCUAAGCGCUACAUUCGAAAUUCUUCUUAACAGUUGCGGUAUGACAUCGUCUGGAGGUAACGGAGCAGUUGCUGGCUAUGGGGGUACACCCAGUGGUAGUUAUGUAGAAAACACCAUUAUCAUCCAAUAUGAUCCAUAUGUACAAGAAGUUUGGGAUCAAGCUAGAAAACUUCGUUGCACCUGGUACGAUUUCUAUGAGAAAUCUGUUACCUUCCAACCUUUCCAAGUAGAUAUGUUAAACGCAGUCACAGCUAACUUUUUGGGAGACAACCUGCAGUGUUGGAUGCAAAUUCAAGUAGGCAAAGGUCCUUGGGCUUCUGAAGUAUCCGGAAUUGUGAAAAUCGGUCAAACUAUGACUAUGGUGUUAGCCAUUAAAGACGAAGAAAACAAAUUUGAUAUGUUGGUCAGAAACUGUGUAGCUCACGACGGAAAACGUACACCCAUUCAAUUGGUCGACCAUAAUGGUUGUGUUAUCAGACCUAAGAUCAUGCAAAAGUUCCAAAAAAUAAAGAACUUUGGACCAUCUGCAUCUGUAGUAUCGUUCACCUACUUCCAAGCUUUCAAGUUCCCAGACUCUAUGAACGUACACUUCCAAUGUGUUAUCCAAGUAUGUCGCCAUCACUGCCCUGAACCAAAAUGCCCAGGUGAUUACGCUUUACCCCCUGCUCCUUCCGACUUAGGCGGUGAUUAUAACCAAAACUCCGUGCAUCCUAAUGAAUACGGUCCAUCCCCUGCUGAUUAUCCUGCUUAUCCUGAUCCGAGAAAUCCAUCAGGACCCGCAGGCGCUUAUUCCGAAUUGAAACCCGAAGUAGUACUGCCAGCUUCAGCUUCAUCAACAUCGGCUCCACAAAAGUCUGUACCACAAAACGACGAACUAAACUUACCACCACCACCUUUACCAGGCCACGGAUCGUCUUACGCUACAGUUAAGCGACAAGGUACAGUUGGUCCCGAUGAAGAACAACACAUAAACUUAAUUUCUUUAGGAGGUCGACCACGAUCCGUUGAUAUGUCCACUGACAGUAAACAACGUCGCCGCCGUUCUACCAGCAAUCCUGAAUUAGACGUGAACACUAGCCGCAUCAUUCAAGUAGUUUCCCCAGGAGAUGUCAAUUUUGCUCUGAACGUACCUGCCACCAAUGGUAGUUCUAAUUCCGAUACCGUUGUGAUGUCUACAAGAGCCGCUUUAGCAGCCGACAAUGUAUGCAUUAGCGUACCUAGUUUCGUUGCUGGAUUAGCCAUGCUCUUAUCAGUAUUGGUUGUCGCUUGUUUAGUCGUUACCUUCUUGUUCUUGAGAGUCCGUUCAAUGAACAAUGCUAAGUUGUGCGCACCAGUGCAAGCUCCAUACAUACACGGAGCAGCGUUCGAAGCUGCCGAAUUUGUCAAAAUGGCAAGCUCAUAAAGCCCCUAUAUUUAAUAUAUCCCUGCAAGUCCACAACUUGCCCCAACUUCCUUAUGACAUUUUAUUGUGAACUUAAGUAUUUUAACGUGUGUGUCGCUGUUAUUAAAAUAUUUACCACUUCGCCGAAUGGCACAAGUUGAUAUAUUUUGUUUUAUUAAAUAUUGAAUUCGUUAAACAAUGCCAUUCAGUCAAUUUAUAAGGUUUACUUGUUUUAAGUAGAUCACACGUUAAAACUGAGUGAUUCUAGUUUACUUAUUAUUUUUCCAUCAAAACGAUAUUUUGUAUUUAUAAUCUAAAUUAUUAUUUAUUAAUUUUUUUUUUUGUAUAAUUUUAAGCACAACACUACUGUAGUAAACAGUAUUAAUAGACGUACGGGCAAUGCUCGAAUUAAGAUUUUUUUUGUUGGUGAUUAUUUCACGACUGCAAUAUUAAAAACAAUCAUAUAAGAUAACGCCAAAAGUAUAUUUAUUGUGAACUGUUUCAUAAAAGUUGAUAGUAAUAACACUGUAAUUGCAGUAUCGCUGAAAUGCUAAUUAUUCUUUACAAUUUAUUAUCAUCGUGUACAUUGUUUUAUCAUUGUAAAUAUUAUAUAUUAUAAAUAACAUAUUAUUAGUCCUAUUCUUACAAAAAAUUAACUU